AUGGCGACCCCAUCGCUGUCGGUCGGCGAUGUUCUCAUGCAGUCGCAGAUGGCCUGGAAGAUCGGUCGGGCAUUCUCGAACAAGAGGCAAACCGCGCCCGCCGACUUCGCAGAGAUCGAGCGAGAAGCAAACGCACUCAGCGAAGCGCUGAAGAUGCUGGCCGAAGCCCUGCAUUCGAACAACAACAUCCUGCACCAGGCUGACGCGGAGACCAGAGCCGCACUCAACACCGUCCUCGACAGUGCGCGGAAGACACUGAGCGAUCUCGAAGGUUUCGUCGAGCGCUACCAAGUGAUCAGGAAGAAAGAGACGAGCAGUGGGUUCGUGGUGGAGCGCAACUGGAGCGAGGUCGUGAUCGCGGGCUACAAGACAUUCAAAUGGACCGCCGCAGGAGGCGACCUGAGCGAGCUCCGAUCUCUGCUCCAUCUCCACACCCGCGCCAUCACCAUGGCCACGGAGGUGCUGCGGUCGCGCUCGUUGGCGAGGCUGGAUCACAUGGUCGUACCCAUGGCGGAGAGCAUGUCGCGCGUGCUCCGUCAUCCCACGUGCUUGGAGCCCCGCCGCUGCCGCCCAUGCCUUCGGCUGCCAAUUCCUCUUCGCUUCCCCCCACGCUUGUGCCCCCACCCCGGCACCCUGGCCGGGACUCCAAACCGGGCUCCACCACGACGAGGCCUGUCGUCCGUGCGCGCGCUCGGACGGCCAAUUCUCGGGAGGAUUCCGUGCUCUACGCCAGCCCUCCGGCUGGUCCCAGCCGUCUCGGUCCGAUCGCGACGGACGUCCCACGAUUUCGGAGCCUCCGACGGCGUGGCUCGCGAGCAUCCCGGUCAAAGCCAUUCCCCGAACAGCCGCGGUGGUCGAUCAUGGCGAUUCUCUGGACCCUCCGGCGCCACAAAUCUACUCCCGCCGCCAGCGAUGGCGGGAGACAGCGGUGAGACCGCGCCCGCGACGCCUUCGUCAUUCUUUGGGGGACAACGACGUGGACGGCCUUCGCUGCCCGCCAACCCCGGUCCGUCUCAGCCGCAGGUGCCUUCGCGACCUCAAACGGCAAAGCCGGCGUCGCGGCGACAAUCGCCGGUGCUUCAAGCGCAGACGCCAUCUUAUCUGGAUGGCUCACAGUUCGAGAGGCAAUUGUUCCGGAAUUCCGCCAUUCUUUGCGACGUCCGUGGCCGUCUGAUCGAAUACUCCCGCACCAACCUCGACGAGCCUGAUCCUCGGUAUAAUGUUGAGAUGGUGGAGGCCUGUCGCGAGGCCCGGAUUUGCGUGGUCCGGAAGCGCGAGAACCGCGAGCAUGUCGGCACCAAAGUCGUCACCUCGAUCUGGAUCCUCUCCUCUGACGGCACGCAUCGCAUCCAACACAAGCUCUCCGAGGUCAACGAGACCGUGCCUUACUGCUCAUACUUCGAGCCCGAGAAAGUCUCCCUUCAACCAGUGGAUGGGCCUCACGUGAACCUCAAGUUCCACGCCGAAAUCUGGGGCGCGCCGCUCCGGGAGGAGCAACGCACAUCCUGGGUGAACUACUACUUUGCCUCGGCAAACGACGCCGUCGCCUUCCAGUCUGCUGUCUUCGGUCGUACGUUGAUCGGCAGCUAUCGAACCACCAAAACCACGGUCAUCCACCCGGGUCUGCGCGGCACGUUUGCCUUUGAGGAGCAGUUCGCCAACAUCGAGAUGCUCCGUCUUUGGGAAGACGACGGCGUCUCCACGCCAGGCGCGCAAGGCGGUCUGCUCGCUCUCCUCCACGUAUCAUCGAAUUUCGGAAAUGGCUGGGCUCGAUGGUGGAUCAACUCCUCACUACAGGAGGUCCGUAUCAAAGCCGAUUCGGCGAAACAUGCCAAGGUGAAGGGCAUCGAUAUCACGGUCACGGCCUCCAUUGGCGGCGCCCCCGCGGUCGUGCGCCAACAGCGCCGCGACACGGUCAAACGGGUCACGGGCCUCCGGAUCGAAUUCAAAACGGAAGAGGAGCGCGACGGGUUCGUGGACGCGACGAAGCGCGCCCAGGAGCGAUGCCUCCCCCUGCCGGAGAAAAUCUGAGACGAUCCCGUCCACCACAUCCCCCACAUCUCUUUUCAUAGUUCCCCUCCCUUUCUAUGACGAGCGGAGAAUGCUUGGCAUCUCCAUUUUUUUCCUUUUUUUUGUGGUUCCGGUCUGUCAGCGAUUUUAGCGGUGGGUGUCCUGGUCGGAAAUUAUGGACUCUCGUUUAUUUUUACGUUUCACAGUUUGAUGUAGUGAAGAUCUCAAUGGAAAUCUAGAUUAUCUUGUGUUGGUCGUCGUCGCGGAAUAGGUUAUGCAGACUCCAGAACAGAAUCGACACAAUUAAAAUGUCCUGCACAGC